UUGGCUCAAGUGCAAUUCCCUGUAGGUUCGGGAAAUCGGUUGUCUUCAUUCAAGUCUUGAAGUUGCCAUGGUAUACGUUUGGCAAUUGGUAAUUUCAAUGUGCAUCGGCGAGGCAGCACGGAUUGAGAUGACCCACUCCUCAUCGGACUGGUGUGAUGGACGGAGCCCAGCGCCUGACUGGGUGAAGGUCUGGAAAUCGAGCUUCAAGAAUGUACGGACGAACAAGUGGAAAAUCUAUUCGAGAACCAAUGUAGGUACGGAGUAUUGUAAUGAAUUCUUCAUGUAUUUCCCAGAUGUUGAUGACUAUGUGAAGCUGCAGUACGGUUCGGGAUAUGAUGACACUAUGGACGAGAGAGUGGAGUUUUGUUACGUCAAGGCUGGUGGCGAUGCUGACUUCUGCAAGGUUGAGAAAAAGCAGAAAAUGUGGAAUUACGUUGUGGAGUCUGUCCGCGAGAAGUGUAUGGCAAAGUUGUGCAACUAUGCAAAAACAGGAAAGUGGAAGGCUGGGUGGUUCAAGCAAAAAGCUGCAAAGAGUAUGGCCUGGAAAAGCGAAAUGCCCGGCCACAAGAGCUACGGUUACAAAGAUGUGUUCAAGUACAAGUGUUGGCAUGGGCCAAAAUCCUAUGGUGAUCUACUAGACUUUGAUGCUUUUGCGCGCCACUAUGACAAUGAUUUGACCACGCCUUCUGGCACCUUUAACAAAAAAGUUUGUGGAUGCCGCUCAGCAGACGACUGUACUGGACACUACAAACCUGAAGAACUAUACCAUAGAAGUGGAUAGCCACGCCAACAUCGGGUCAUAUAACCACAAAUGAUUUGC